CUCUCGCAUGCUCAGAGCGAAAACCCCAAGCUGAGGAAUGUGGCUAAAAUAUUUUUGACAGACUUCUGUACCGAACACGACAUUCAAACGGCGAUCACGUCCAACACAUAGUGCCCAUCCGAAUAACUAACCUGCGGUCAAGAGUUCGUCAAGUACAAUAAAUUCGAUCCACACUUGGUGUACGUAUUAUAUUCUAUAGCACCUGUUGCUUCCAAAAAACUAUAUCACGAUGAUGAUGAUGGUGACUACAACGAUGGUGUCAUUAGCAGUCGCACUCGGGUCAAUCUCGCCGUGUUUCGCCGAUCAAUCUGACAGUGGUGACGAACAAAGGCCGGUCCAAAAGCUUAACGAAAUGUUAAAUCACGCGCCGGCGGUAAAACCACUACCAUUCGCGCAAUCACUGUCCUCGUCGGCCACAAAGACGCCGUGUAUUUGUGGCGUGUUUCUGAGUAGCCAAAUCACCAAGGGCAGUAAAAAACAGCCAACUGGAUACGCCGCGUUGUUGCACGAACAGGACGAAUCAGCCCCCUGUAAUGCUCUGGGCGUGAAGACUUGCACCAACAAGUGUUUGGAAAUUAUCGCAAAACACUUGCCAAACAGUCCGGCGAUAAUCUGCGGUUCGGUCGAUCGUGACGUAUACAAGGAACGGGCGCAUCUAUUCGUGAAAAACUGCAACGACUCGUGGAUUAACACACUUUUGUCCACCGGCAAAGAGUUUUGUUGCAAGGACGGCCAGAAUUACAAAUGUCCUGUAUUAUAAUAGAAACUUGAAACAUGUGUGUAAUGUGUAUUUAUAGUUAUACCUUACGAAAUAAUAAUAUGUGUUAUUAUUUAUUUUAAUGUAUUUUUAUACGUUUUUUAUUAAAGAAAUAUUUAUCUUAUUCUUGA